GUCGUCGGCUUGACCGGUGGCAUUGCCUCAGGCAAAUCCACAGUCUCUCACCUCCUCAGCUCAAAGCAUCAGAUUCCGCUAAUAGACCUCGACCUCCUAGCCCGGCAAGUAGUCCAGCCCAACGACCCCUCAGGCGCCCUCUCCCAACUUGUGGCUCACUUCGGACCAGCCAUCAUCAAUCAAGAAGACGGCACGCUCAAUCGUCCCGCGCUUGGUCGUCUGGCAUUUGGCGAUGGCAAUGAGGAAUCGCGAAAGGUUCUCAACAGGAUUACGCACUCUGCCAUCAGGAAGAGAAUGGCCUGGCUCUUGUUCUGGAAUUGGGUGAGCGGCGUCAAGGUGACAGUCGUGGAUACACCGUUGCUGGUCGAGGCAGGACUCUGGAAGUGGUUCGGGGCUGCAGUUCUUGUCUGGUGCUCUCCCGAGGACCAGCUUUCCCGCAUGCUAAGCCGCGAUGGACCACAAGGCUUGACCGAGGACGAUGCCCGCUCCCGCCUCGCCUCACAAUGGCCCCUUUCCAAGAAAUUGCCCUACGCAGAUAUCGUUCUGGAUAAUUCGUCUGCCAUAUCUGGCAGCGAGAGUAGCAGCGGGCGUACAGGCCGUGCCUCGGAAGCGUUGGAGGCACAGGUGACCGACAUGGUGCGAAGAUGGCAACGAAGCUACUCUGGCCUGGUGGGCACCCUGUGGUGGUUGGCUCAGUGGCUUUGCCCUCCUUUUACUGCCCUCACAGCUGGCUUGGCUAUCCUUGAGAGGAGGGCAGGCGUGGCAAGAAGAUUGAAAGAGGCGGAAGAGAGUGAUCGACAAGGCGAGGAGAGAAGGAGUAUGGGCAGCCAAUAGACGAAAGAGAAGAUACUAAUUCCGGUCAAAAGGGCCAGGCGGCCA